AAAUAAUAAAAAAAACCCACCAUUACUGCACUGUCUGUUACUCACUUUCUAUUAUUUCCCGGGAAAAUUUACUUCCUUCGACACAUCAUCAUCAUCUUCUCCAUUCUCCCUCCCUCUCUCUUAGGGUUUCUUCCCAAUGGCCGAUCCCACGAUGUCACCGCCAAACCAAUCGCAGCUCAACGUUGCAGCUUCCACGACGCAACGUCGUCAACAUCAUUUAAAUCUUGAAAGCCUAGCUCCAUCACCGUCAUCAUCGGAACAUGUCAACCGUCUGAUUAAUUCUAAUCAUUAUAUUUCCCCCUCGAGACCUAUUUACUCCGAUAGGUUUAUUCCCUGUAGAUCCAGCUCGAAUUUCGCUCUUUUCAACAUCUCUUUGCCCUCGCCUUCUGCAACCGCGGGUAGUUCGCCGGGGGACGGAGGGAAGGAGGACAAUCCCAAUGCGUAUGCGGCGUUACUCAGGAAUGCACUUUUUGGUCCUCAGACUCCGGAUAAGAAAGACUGGGGGACAGGGGCGGCUGGACGGAAUAUUUUCCGGUACAAGACGGAGACUAGGCAGUCAAUGCACUCGCUUUCGCCUUUCGGGUUUGAUGGUUUAAGUGGUCCUGGUGUUAGUAAUGUUGCUAUUAAGGCUCCUAGGAAGGUUUCUAGAUCACCUUAUAAGGUAUUGGAUGCCCCUGCAUUGCAUGAUGAUUUUUAUUUGAAUUUGGUGGAUUGGUCGUCGCAUAAUGUGUUGGCAGUGGGGUUAGGGACUUGUGUGUAUUUAUGGAAUGCUUGUAGUAGCAAGGUGACCAAAUUGUGUGAUUUGGGGAAUGAUGAUGGUGUAUGUUCAGUAGGAUGGGCUCAUCGUGGUACACAUCUUGCUGUUGGAACCAGCAAUGGGAAAGUUCAGAUUUGGGAUGCUUCACGCUGUAAAAGGAUUAGAAUCAUGGAGGGUCAUCGAUUGCGAGUUGGGGCCUUGGCCUGGAGUUCAUCAAUGCUGUCUUCUGGUAGCCGGGAUAAGAGCAUUCUUCAACGAGAUAUACGAGCACAAGAAGACUUUGUUAGUAAACUCUCUGGACACAAGUCAGAGGUUUGUGGACUGAAGUGGUCUUAUGAUAACCGUGAGUUAGCAUCAGGCGGAAAUGAUAAUCGACUUUUUGUUUGGAAUCAACAUUCAACCCAACCUGUGCUAAAAUACUGUGAGCAUACAGCGGCUGUAAAAGCAAUUGCUUGGUCACCCCAUCUUCAUGGACUUCUUGCAUCCGGGGGUGGGACUGCUGACCGGUGUAUACGAUUCUGGAAUACAACCACCAACUCACAUCUCAGCUGCAUGGACACCGGCAGUCAGGUGUGCAAUCUUGUGUGGUCUAAGAAUGUCAAUGAACUAGUCAGCACACAUGGAUACUCCCAAAACCAAAUAAUAGUAUGGAGAUACCCCACCAUGUCAAAGUUGGCAACUCUGACAGGCCAUACAUACAGAGUUCUUUAUCUUGCCAUCUCACCAGACGGACAGACAAUUGUCACUGGAGCUGGAGAUGAAACUCUGCGGUUUUGGAAUGUGUUCCCUUCCCCUAAAUCUCAGAACACAGAGAGUGAAAUUGGAGCAUCAUCUCUGGGUAGAACUACAAUCCGGUGACUCCUUCAGCUGUUGCUUUUCGAGAGUUUCUUGGCUGUGCAGACUUUGUUAGUCCAGAGUUUCUUGGGCUGUUUUAGCAUGGGGAAGGAACGUGGAAAAUGUGCUCAUAACCUGGAGAUUAUUUCCGUGCGAAUGGAGUUCAUCAGUUUGGUUUUCUCGAACCAGCCCAGGACAUGAAAAUGCUAUAAGCGGGAUUGGAGGUGAUGAAUUGUCAUAUGAUUCUCGGGAAAUUAUGAGUUUCCUUCUUCUCCCCGUUUGAUGCAUGGCAUUUACCAUUAAAUGCUUCUUGCAUUGUAUAUCGACAGAUGACAGUAAAAGAUGAUUCGAGGUGUCGGUUUACCAUUUAUUCAUAGUUUAUGUAAAUAAUUAUUACUUCCACAUAUAUCUAUCUAUCAAUGAAAUAUUGCAUUGCUGGAUCCGAA